GGGACCGGUUGAUAGAGUUUAGAGUUCCUUUACGGUGAUGUCUUGUUGUUCAUUGUGCUGUGCCGUUGUGCGGUGUGUCAACUCGUCGGAAUAUUCGCAGGAAGGUCGCGCGUCGGUGACAAUUACGACCGUUUGCAACAUCGAUACCGACAACGUAAAUCGAGUGUAAUCAACAGGCAGUGUGUGGUGCUGUGGAGCAGGGGAUGAUGAGGGCCGGAGGGAUAAUUCGGGUGGCGACUUGAGGGCAGAAAUGUUGAAAUUUGGCAGCAAGAGUGACGUUACGGUGGUGCAUCGCGCCACUAUUCGACUUUUAGACGACGCCGAAAUUAUCCACUGCGACUUUCAGCCUCAGCACAAGGGAAGGUACAUCCUGGAAUAUGUAUGCAAACAACUCAACAUCAUGGAAACGGAUUAUUUUGGACUUCGUUACGCGGAUCACUGUAGGCAAAGACAUUGGUUAGACUUGGCUAAAACGGCGAUCAAGCAAGUGAAAGACAUGGACCCGAUUCUCUUUAGUUUUCGCGUGAAAUUCUAUCCACCGGAUCCUCUGAGGCUGAAGGAAGAAAUAUCUAGAUAUCAAGUUUAUCAGCAACUGAAGAGGGAUCUUCUCCAUGGACGACUGUAUUGCAGUCCGGACGAAGCAGCGUUGCUAGCGGCGUGCAUCGUGCAAAGCGAAUUGGGGGAUUACGAUCCUGAGAUCCACGAGGGGAACUACAUUUCCGCGCACAAAUUGCUACUUAAACAAACGGAGACUAUCGAGGAGAAAGCUAUGGAACUGCAUCAAACACAGUUGAAAGGGUACACGGGGGAGCAAGCGGAGACACACUUCCUUAGGUUAGCCUCACAAUUGGAUACAUACGCCGUUGACCCACAUUCUGUUAAGGACCAGAAAGGUGUGCAACUUUAUCUCGGUAUUAAUCACUGUGGAAUUCUAACGUUUCAAGGAUCUCGAAAAACACAUCAUUUCCGCUGGCCGGAGGUUCAGAAAAUCAACUACGAAGGAAAAAUGUUUAUUGUGCAUUUAACGAUAAGUGAGGACGUGAGAACGAAGAAAAAGCACACUGUUGGGUUUAAGUGUCCCACGGGGUCUAACUGUCGCCACGUAUGGAGAUGCGCCAUCGAACAAAUGUUAUUUUUCACAUUACCCAGAGCGUCGGACGCGCCGGUUGUAAGCGGCGGCUCUAUAUUCUCAUGGGGUACGAAGUUUAAGUACACCGGAAGAACGGAGAAAGAGGUGUUGGAAGAGAUGAGUCCGCUCGAGAAAGACGAGCCACCUGUACCGCGGUGUCCAACGUCGUGUCUCAGAAGAAAAGCCAGCAGCGUACCAGCUACUCCGAGCACUCCGAGUCAAGAUCUCGUUGAAAUAAGAUACUCCAGUCUGCCACGGAGCUGUCACAGCGCAGGUCUGGAUGGCACUGGAAUGUCAGAGGGCAGUUCAGGAGUUCCGUUCAGUUCGCCUUACUGUCCAGAUAACACGCUACCGCUCCUGGAAACCGUUUCGGAGGACCAAGAAAUUCAUGCCAGGAGAAACAACGCCGUAGACGAAAAUGAUACGCAUGUGAAUGCUACCCACAACACCGCCACCGCCACCGCGUCCACCAUUACCACCACCUCCAACACCACCACAAAUCGUGCGAAAGUUAGACUGAAAUUUCCAAUGAGCACGCUGAACCGACCGCAGCUAUUGUACAGUCAAAAAAUAGUAAUAAGCUCGGAGGAGUUAGCUGGCCGUGACAUCGAUAACGUCGUCAGACAGUAUAUAAACACGCUCGAAAAGAGACAGAAGGUGGUCAGAUCUACCGCCCUGAUAAUAAAGAGUUCGAAAAUGUCAGCGGAGGCGUUAAAAGCCGGUAAAGGGAUCGCAAACGAGACAUACGUGUUCCCCGGUGCCGAUUCAGGAACGAUCAUCACAACGGUGGUAGACGGUUGUUUCGAUUCUAGCACCGAUCAGACGGUUACGCGCGUGUCUAAGGAGCAGGUAAGCAUGCCCGAUCGUCGAGAGAACGAGAUUUUAUGGCGCGGCUUGUCUAUCACGACGAAAACAGCUAACGGUUGCGUUACAUCGGCGAGAACCGACCUCGAAGCCAUUAGAAACGGAGUCGAAGCCACGAAACGUCAAGAAGGUACAGUCGGUCAACACGAGGGCGAUACAAACGACUAUUACUUCAGGGACUCCUUCGAUCAUUCCUCGUCCGAAAGCCAACUAUUGGACGCGACAGGUAAACCGCACAGCCGGUCGGUGACGCCUGUACCGCAGAUGCAGAAACUUCAAAACUCGAAGCUCUGCCUUCAGCAGCAACAGCAACCGAACCGCCGAGUGGAUGGCAAAUUGAGACACAAGAGUUUGCAAAUAGUGAGGCUUUUUGUUCCGGCGUUUGUGCUCGCGAUCACAGUUCUGUUCAUUGUGCUCGUCCUGGUGUUCGAAACAGACACGAUGCUUUUUAACAGCCUGCGUAAGACGCCAGAAAUGGUGGCCUUAAGGAACCAAUAUUAUGCCCCCAUCAAGGAGUUCCUGAGGACGAAGCUCGGCCUAUUCUGAUGCGACCUGACAAUGGCCGGGCCGAGGACGUCCUUUCUUGCUAAGUAGCUCCCUUCAGUGCCAAGUCGAGGAAAUAAUGCUCUUAUCGGGACCGAGGGGCGAGAAUCUACGCCGUUUUUCGUUAUCACGUGUGCUUUCUCUUUUUACGUGAAUCUCUUGAAUUUUCUCAAACUGCUUGACUCUUUUUGCUCGUCUUCUUUUAUACAGAUAGUGGACAACGAAAGUAUUUAAAAACACUUUCGAGCCGUUUAUUUAACGCUUACGAAAGAUCAAGUCACAUUAUGAUUUUCAAAAUACUUUCAUUACGGCGAUAACAUGCAAGCGUCAGGAUUAUAUAUGUUAAAUUUGAACAAAUAAUUCAACGGUACAAAUAAUAUUUACGAAGCAGCUUUUAAAAAGGUCGAAUGCACCAAGACCGUACCGAGUAUUUAAACAACUAAAUAAUAAAAUAUUAAAUACCGACCGUUCCUACCUCUAGUUUACGAACAAUAGUUGAGUUUUAAUAUUUUUUAUAGACAACAGUGGGUGUACGUGUCACGUCAUGCGAUAACUUUCAAUAAUUGUUGCUUUUAGUGCUGCCUUGAAAUUAAUAACUUUUUUUUUCUCAUUUUUCCUCUCAUGACCGUUCGAUUCGAAUGAUUACUCUUUUACAACACUAGUUUCGGGUUGUUAAUUCCUCUACAAUAAUUCUGCGACGUAAUUCAAAAUGAACUCGUUUCCCCAAACCUAUUAGCGAUUAUUACAAACAUCUUUAACUAAAAAUUAUUUAAUACAUUUUCAUUUUCUGGCAAUUAUAUUCCCUUUGCUUUAUAACGAGGUUCAUUGAGAACAAUUCCUUCGUUACGCCAUUCACUUUCUCGGUAAUACUCACAGUAUCAGUCGGUAGGCGAACAGUAACAUUUAUGUUAAAUAUUUAAUCGUGUAUUUGCAGACGAAAUAAGUGAGUAAUACUUUAAAGAAACACUUUGUAAACGUUAUUUCAUUUGUCCGACGUUCUUCAAACUUAAUAUAUAUGUAUAAUCCUGCCACGUGUAAUGUUGCUGCUGUAAUAAAAAUAUUUUGAAAAAAUAAUGCAAUUUCAUUAUUUUAAGCGUUACGCGUUUCGUUAAAGAUCGUUCGAAAUACUUUCGUGAUCAGCUAUAGAUGUAUCUGGAAAAAAAUAUUCUCUAUAACAAAGUCUACCUUCAAUUUAUUGUUUGUUUACUAUAAUAUACACAAUUUGAGAUACUUAAAUAUUAGUGAUUUCUUAUAUCUGCAGUCGAAAAGAACGUCGUUUGUACGAUAAGAUAUCCUAGAAAAGGAAUUUUCCGAUUUUUCGUUGCGUGUUAUUUGUUCAGGCGUUGAAAGUACUUUGUUAUAGAUUCCGUUGAAUUCGUUCUGUUUUUCUAAGUCUGGAUAAGAAGCUAUUUCUACGUAUUACAUAGACGAUAUUGCAGACCAGGAAAGUUAUAUUUGAAUUCAAUUAUGAAAUUAGAUCGUGUACACAAGUACGUUUUGAAAUUAGCAAUAGAGUAGACAGAGAUUUAGGUUGUUGAUUGCACAAUAUACUUUCACGUUCCAGUUACGACAAAAAAUUGUUUAAAAUUUGAUUUUAACAUUGGCAAAUGACGUGUAUAGACAUUGCUGUAUUUUCUAACAAACUAACUUUUAUAGUCAAUCAACUCGUAAACAUUUGUUUAAAAAUAAUUCAUCAAAAAGGAAAUGCAAAUUUUCUAUUGGAAAUAAUGAAACGUAUUAAAUUAAAAGAAUUAAGACGUAAUUUAUUUAAGUGUACGCGUGUGUGUCAAUUUUUGGAAAAUACAGCAAACGAAUCGACACAUUGUAAAAGUAAAUUUAAGGAAGCACUUAAUUUUCAGUUUAGUAGCAAACACAUUCCGUAAAUACGAUAUUAAAAAUUAUUUGUUUAUCGGUGGUACGGGGGGGCGUCGAUGUAAAUUUCAUUUCUAAACUUUUAAUUUUUAUAAAGUAAUGAACAAAGUUGUACAAAAUAGGUUUAUGGGAUUAAGAUACAAUAGUUUUAUUCAAUUGCUGAUGCUGUCAGUAGUUUGAUGCGUAGUACGAGGCGAGGAACAUGUUUCUUUAUGUUCUGUAAUGUUAUGCAACCGUCAUAUCAUAAUCGGACACAAAAUUUUUAGUGAUCUUUAACACUUACUCUGGCCAACAGCUGAUUACGCGAAUACAUAGAAAUAUGUUUAACAAGAUGAACGGUUUAACAUUCGUAGUUAAAAUGUUUCUCUUCAUUUUUGCAAUGCGAUGAAAUUACGGUUUAAGAGGAAUAAAUAGUACGAGAAUAUCUUUUCUUUUGUUAUUUAGACUGUUACCGAGUCUCUUUAACAAUGUCGUAUUCUAGUUGAGAUCACGGCUCGUUUGACUCUAUAUAUAACGUUGACAAAUGUUGAACAAUCAUCAAAACUUUAACAUUUCUAUUUCUAUUUAGAAUUUUCAGGGGUGGGAUUCUUGAAUUUCUUUUCACAACUUUUUCUUAGUACCCAUCUCCCUGUCUUUGAGCUUUUCCAAGUUCACUGGGUUUUAGGAACAGUUUGUAUCGAGGAAGAUCCAUAAAAAUGUUUAAAACGUGUACAAGUAUUGCUUCGAUAGGUAAUUUGUUUUGGUUUGUAAAAUGCCUUUUUUUUUUUAGGCCUUUUAUCAGUGCAGAAUUAAUCUGAUAGAUUAAGUAGGGUAACAAGACCGUGCAAGUAAUGUUGAAGCACGGUGCGAAAUUAUUACCCAAGUAGGAGCAAAUAUUAAAAAAAUCUUUUCCAAACCAUGGUUUAUUAGUUAUCCUUUCUUAUGGAAGUACCGACAAAAUAGGAUCGGUUGUUUCGAGCGCUUAUUUCGUUUGAUUCUUUCGAUACCAGUUACCGAUAUGAAUAAAUGAAUGUGAAUGAUUUUAAGGAGCGACCAAUAUCGAUAAAUGAGUAUGUCCCAUCAUAAAAAAACGAGAUCCAUUUUUACUACAUUGUUGUCAUAGAAAGGACAAGUAGGAAUUAAUUAGAAGGUUGAGAAAAAAAGCCGUAAAUGGUUAGUUAAUUUUGUAAGCAUUUGGUACACAAUGUAUUUGUAUGAUGUUAGUAUUAGAUACAAUUCCAUAUAUUAUUAAAUUACGUUUGAAACGCUAAUACCGAAAGAAAAAAAUCAUUUAGAAUGUCGAAUAGUUCUCGAUAACUUUUUCUGUUUUCAGUAGUGUGGCGCACAAUAAAUUUCUGAGCAAAGCAAAGUCUAGGAAAUAGUCUUACAUUUUAAUUAAAAAGUUUCUUAUCGAGUACGAAGCAUUAAAAGAAUUUUAACGAUUUCGAUAGUUUUUUUUUAUGGUAUAGGAUUUACAGCAUGCAUGAAAAGACUACGUUAAAUUAAAUUCAAUCGACUUUUACCAAACUUCCAUCGACAACCGAACAUAUGUACAUAUGAUUCGAUAAUGUAUUCCAAGAUUGUUCGUAGAAUUUGAGUUUUGUGUGAAACUGUAUCGGAAUGAGUUGCUAUUGUAUAAGUUGGAGAUUAACACAGAUCUGAUUAAUUUUAUUUAAGUCGGAGACUUGUUUGUAAAUUCAAUUGUUUGUCAGAGAGUAACGAUUGGUAUUGAAUGGCCUACCGCGUUGCUAAGAAAAAAUAAAAAUAUGUUUUCUCAACGUAACUGAAAUACACACACAUACAAAUACAGUGUAUGUAUGUGUACGCUCUUUAAUAUAAAAAAUGAGAUAUUUUAACGUUAAUGGUACGGGAAAAUCAGAAAGACGAGUAUAUGAUAAAUUAUAUAUAAACGUUGCUAAUAAACCAAUCAGUUACCAUUAUUUAUAGGCACAUUAGGCAAUCUUAAAUGGUCAACGAAAAGCAAUUAUUUAUUAAUUAAACGUAGAUCGUAAGCAACUUUAAUCGAUAAGAAUUUGACGAGAAUUUUUUAGUAAAAGUAUGGGAGCAAGUUGGUGGAAGAUUUUGUUGUUGAAUAAUUUGAAAAAUAUUGCCCAUACUAGUCUUGCCGAUCAAAGAUCUUCGUUUUACAGAACUGCACAGAAUUUUUAAUAUAUCUGCACAUCGAUACAUCGUAUUUAUAACAGCAUUAUGAUAACAUUGUACGAAAAUACUAUGUUGGGGAAUUUACAUUAUGUUUCUCGUGUAUUUUUACUCUACAAGGCGAAGAUCUUUGGUAACUGGAACAGCUUAUACGUUAUUUUCUGAUAGAGACAACAUUUCUUGCCACAAUUUACAACUUUACGUUCCUCCGUUCCGUCUAUUUAUAAUUUAUUUUAAUAAACAUCACGAAUCGGAUUAUUCUGAUUUUCAAUGUACAGGGUAUUUCGAGGUUAAACUGGCAAACUUUAGGUAUGAAUUUAGGACCGUAGAAAUAUCAAGAGAUAUUUACUUUUAAAGCUAUUACGAAUUAGAAGUUUCGUUCGUUCGUAUUAUGUAGCUGUUAGUUCAUUGAAUACUUCCGUAGAGUAAACUAGUAAACUAAUCAUGCCACGUAAUUAUUUCGUUAGCAUUCGUUACUUCGUAACUCCUAAAAGUAUCACGAUAACCCGGAAACACCCUGUAUAACAUUCGAAAUGAAUUGUCGAUAAAACCACCGAUAGUCGUAGAAAAUAUGAAACAUUAAUUUGAACGAAGUAAACAUGAUAACUUUGUAAACAACACUUACUGUUAGCGAAAUUUUAAUGGGAGAUUCUAGGGGCCAAAAUAAGACAAAAAUCAAGAACACCAAUUUGUUGAUCGAGGCUUUGUUACAAAGUUAUUAACGUUUAAAGUUCCGCCUGUAGAUAGGCAAUCUGCGAACAGCUGCGUGCGCAUGAUAGUGGUUCUCACUCAGCCUGAGAAACUCUACUUACCGACGUCUCGACAGCCUCUCAGUUUUGUGAAUGAGAACCACUGGGACCAACCUAUCGCGCGCGCGCGCAGCUACACUUUAAACGUUAAUAACUUUUUAACGAAGCCUCGAUCAACAAAUUGCUAUUCUUGAUUUUCGUCUUAUUUUG